UUCCAAGAUGGCGGCUUCUGGUGACGUGGAUGAACUCUUUGAUAUCAAAAACCAUUUUUUCAUAGGAAAUUAUCAAGCUUGUAUCACCGAGGCUCAGAGAAAACAGCCAUCAACAAGGGACCUCAUUGUUGAGAAAGAUAUCUAUAUGUAUAGAGCAUACACUGCUCAGGGAAAAUAUGGUGUUGUCUUAGAUGAGAUUUCUCAGUUAUCUCCUCCUGAGGUUCAACCAGUAAGAAUUCUGGCCGAUUACCUUCAAAAUCACAAAAAAAGGGACUCGAUUUUGAAUACCAUAGAAAAGCAACUCAAUACAAGUGAUAUUAAUGACUAUUAUUUGUUGAUGGCUGCAUCAAUCUAUCUUCAUGAAGAGAAUUUUGAUUCAGCUUUGAGGUGUCUUCAUCAAUCAGACUCCCUUGAAUGCUCUGCAUUGACUGUACAAAUAUAUAUUGCAAUGAACAGAAUAGAUCUUGCAAAGAAGGAAAUUAAGAAAAUGCAGGAUAUCGAUGAUGACGCAACCUUAACGCAACUGUCACUGGCAUGGUUCAAUCUAGCAGUGGGAGGUGAGAAGUGCCAAGAUGCCUAUUACAUUUUCCAAGAACUUGCAGACAAGUACUCUUCAACAGUCAUGCUCCUUAAUGGUCAGGCUGUUGCUUAUAUGCAUCAAGGAAAAUAUGAAGAUGCUGAGAGUCUCUUGCAGGAAUCCUUGGAUAAGGAUAGCAACAAUGCAGAGACACUCAUUAACAUGAUAGUACUUUCACAACACUUGGGUAAAGCACCAGAGGUUAGCAACAGAUAUAUUUCACAGCUAAAAGAUGGUCAUCCUCUUCAUCCAUUCACCAAAGAUUAUGUUGCAAAGGAAAAGGAUUUCGAGAGAUUUUCAACUCAAUACGCUCCCUCGGCAUGAAAAAUAUAAAUAUAACUCAUUAUUAAAUUCAAGUAGAUGUGAAACAGCUGUAAAAAUUUGCAUUGUCAGCAGUUCUGCAGCAUGCCAGUGAUUUGAUGCAAGACAACCCCUUUUAGGAAUUUGAGCUUGUUGUGACACGUUGCCUGUAGUUUGAAAUUUUUUUACAGCUGGUUGAAAUCUUUCUGUAUGCUAUCAGUAUUCACACACAGUAAAGCCCUAAAUUUCAUCUAGAAAUUAGAAUAAUAGAUUAAAGAUAAAUGUAGUUGGUUAUAA